CGUCCAGGGUAAUCUGAGUCAAUGAGACUAGCGAAUGCUUCGCCAGCUCUCGCUAGGGUCCCGGCUAGAACCAGUGGCCACCGCCGGAUCCGGCUUCCAGCGCCUGGAAGCCGCCCCGGAGAUGGUGGCCGUAGGGGAGGACGAAGCAGCAUCAGUAGUAGAGGCAGCCGAAGCAUCUUCGCAGCAACAGCUUGGUGGUGGCGGUGGCAGCGGCCGAAGGAGCCCCUUCCGCUCCCGGCGGCUGACCACGUGCCGCAAACGGGCGCUUGGCAUCUUUCAGCGGUCCGCUAGUGUUAGCAGCGCUAGAUCCACCGGAACGACUCCCUGGGAGAAGGAACUGUUUCGCAGGAUGAACGCCGGACUGCCGCGCGAAUCGUUCUUCUAGCGGAGUGGUGGAUUCCCUCAGCAACGGUUCUAGCAGGACAAAACUAGUGCAAUCUCAUCAAAAAAAGGAUUGAAUUAAAAUUUUACAAACUCAACUCACCCUUUCUCUAUUGGUGUGACUUUUAUCUACAGAAGAAAAAGGAGAAAAAAAAAACUGUUGUAUUGUGUAGCUAAUUUAACUUUCAAUCAAAACAAAUACGGAAUGAAAAUAUCGUGUUCUAAGUUUUACUCGUUGGUAUUUGGGCAAAGAUUGUAUAGGAUGGUGGCUAUCAUUUUAUAUAACCAACUCAUAGGCUAGACUAUAGGAAGAUAAUGCACGACGAAAGGUAAGAAUUGAUGGUUUUAAAAAGUGGAUCGAAACAAAACAAAUGAUAAAAGAAAGCAUCACAGAACGGCAGACCUUAUCACACAAACGAAUAUUGAGCAAAAAUUUGAGUUGUUUUACGAAGCUAGUCAAUAUAUACAUGACAUCAUUCAAAUUGAUAGAAUUACGGAUUAUACAGUUAUACAUUGAUGACUUGGGAAUUGAGUGGAAAUUGAGGCGAUCCUGGUGAAACUCCCUGAGUUGGUUAGACUAUAAGCUGAAAUAUUGGUGGCAAACAAGUAUUAUCAAUUACAAUAAAGUUUUACCGAUGCAA